CCCUCAUUCUCUUCUUUGGUCUCAAAGCCGCCUCUCCUCCUUCAGAGAAGAGCGCAGCGUGAAAAAAGUUUUCUUCAGAAACCCCAAAAAUCAGUUACUUAACAGAAACCGCGAAUAAUUUGAAGUACUUGAAAACCAUAUUUGUUUCUAAUUUUGGAAUUAUUAUAUAUCAGCUAGCAUAAUAAAUCAUAAUCGAAAACCCUAGGGUAGAAUCUCCGGUGUCGCAAUGGAUCUGCGGUUCCCCUUCUCGCCGGCAGAGGUCGCGAAAGUCCGCGUCGUCCAAUUCGGCAUUCUCAGCCCCGAUGAGAUCAGACAAAUGUCUGUUGUGCAUAUAGAGCACAGCGAGACGACGGAAAGAGGCAAGCCGAAGAUCGGUGGUUUGAGCGACCCGCGUCUGGGGACGAUUGAUCGGAAGAUGAAGUGCGAGACUUGUAUGGCGAACAUGGCUGACUGCCCCGGUCACUUCGGUCACCUUGAGCUCGCCAAACCUAUGUUUCAUAUUGGCUUCAUGAAGACUGUGCUCAGUAUUCUCCGCAGUGUCUGCUUCAAUUGCUCUAAGAUUUUAGCGGAUGAGGACGAUCCCAAGUUCAAGCAAGCAAUGAGAAUUAGAAACCCUAAGAAUAGAUUAAAGAAGAUAUUAGAUGCCUGCAAAAACAAAUCCAAAUGUGAAGGAGGUGAUGAGAUCGAUGUGCGAGGUCAAGAUUCGGAAGAACCUGUGAAGAAGUCUAGGGGUGGAUGCGGUGCUCAGCAGCCAAAGAUUUCUAUAGAUGGGAUGAAAAUGGUUGCUGAAUACAAGAUUCAGAAGAAGAAAAGUGAUGACCAGGACCAGAUGCCUGAACCUGUUGAACGAAAACAACUUCUCUCUGCAGAGAAGGUGCUUAGCAUACUGAAGAGAAUUACUGAUGAAGAUUGUCAGUUGUUGGGCUUGAAUCCAAAAUAUGCUCGCCCUGACUGGAUGAUUCUUCAAGUUCUUCCAAUCCCUCCUCCUCCAGUUAGGCCUUCUGUAAUGAUGGAUACUUCUUCUCGGAGUGAGGAUGAUUUAACUCAUCAACUGGCCAUGAUUAUUAGGCAUAAUGAGAACUUAAAGAGGCAGGAGCGGAAUGGGGCUCCUGCACACAUCAUCUCAGAGUUUGCACAGUUGCUGCAGUUCCAUGUGGCUACAUACUUUGAUAAUGAUUUACCUGGUCAACCAAGAGCUACCCAAAGAUCUGGCAGACCCAUUAAAUCAAUAUGUAGCAGGCUUAAGGCAAAAGAAGGUAGGAUCAGAGGUAACUUGAUGGGUAAGCGAGUAGAUUUUUCGGCUCGGACUGUGAUUACACCUGACCCAACAAUCAACAUCGACCAGCUGGGCGUGCCUUGGAGUAUUGCCUUAAAUCUUACAUAUCCUGAAACUGUAACUCCAUAUAACAUCGAAAGAUUGAAAGAGCUUGUGGAAUAUGGACCUCAUCCCCCUCCUGGUAAAACUGGCGCAAAAUAUAUUAUUAGGGAUGAUGGACAGAGGCUUGAUCUCCGGUACUUGAAAAAGAGUAGUGAUCAGCAUCUAGAACUUGGAUAUAAGGUUGAGAGACAUUUAAAUGAUGGAGAUUUUGUUCUGUUCAAUCGGCAACCGAGUCUCCAUAAGAUGUCCAUUAUGGGCCACAGAAUCAAGAUUAUGCCAUAUUCAACAUUCCGCUUAAAUCUGUCUGUUACCUCACCCUACAAUGCUGAUUUUGAUGGAGAUGAAAUGAAUAUGCACGUGCCCCAGUCAUUUGAAACUAGAGCCGAAGUUCUGGAAUUAAUGAUGGUUCCAAAAUGCAUCGUGUCACCUCAAUCAAAUCGACCUGUAAUGGGUAUUGUGCAGGAUACACUACUAGGAUGUCGCAAAAUUACUAAGAGAGAUACAUUUAUUGACAAGGAUGUUUUUAUGAACAUCCUUAUGUGGUGGGAGGAUUUUGACGGCAAAGUGCCUGCUCCAACAAUUCUGAAACCUAAGCCUCUUUGGACUGGGAAACAAGUAUUUAAUUUAAUCAUUCCAAGACAGAUAAAUCUAUUAAGGUAUUCAGCAUGGCAUCAAGAAACUGAAAAAGGAUUUAUUACUCCUGGGGAUACUCAAGUACGGAUAGAAAAAGGGGAGUUACUUUCAGGCACCCUAUGCAAGAAAACACUCGGGUCAUCUAGUGGAAGUCUCAUACAUGUUAUUUGGGAAGAAGUCGGUCCAGACUGCAGCUCGAAAUUUUUGGGACAUACACAAUGGCUGGUCAAUUAUUGGCUUUUGCAGAACGCUUUUAGCAUGGGAAUUGGAGAUACAAUUGCUGAUCAUGAUACAAUGACGAAGAUCUCUGAAACUAUUAACAAAGCUAAGAAUGAGGUGAAUGAACUUAUCAGGGCUGCACAAGAAAAGCAAUUGGAAGCUGAGCCAGGAAGAACAAUGAUGGAAUCGUUCGAGAACAGAGUUAACCAGGUGUUGAAUAAGGCUCGUGAUGAUGCUGGAAGCAGUGCUCAGAAGAGCUUGGCAGAAAGUAACAACCUCAAAGCUAUGGUCACUGCAGGGUCUAAGGGAAGUUUCAUCAAUAUUUCUCAGAUGACUGCAUGUGUGGGUCAGCAGAAUGUUGAAGGCAAGCGAAUUCCUUUUGGUUUUGUGGAUCGCACACUUCCACACUUCACCAAAGAUGAUUAUGGUCCAGAGAGUCGUGGUUUUGUGGAGAACUCAUAUCUUCGAGGAUUGUCUCCUCAAGAGUUCUUUUUCCAUGCCAUGGGUGGUAGGGAAGGUCUUAUUGACACUGCAGUGAAAACUUCCGAGACUGGAUAUAUUCAGAGGCGAUUGGUGAAGGCUAUGGAAGAUAUCAUGGUUAAGUAUGAUGGGACAGUUAGGAAUUCGUUAGGUGAUGUGAUUCAGUUUCUGUACGGGGAAGAUGGUAUGGAUGCAGUUUGGAUUGAAUCACAGCCUUUGGAAUCACUGAAGUUGAAGAGAUCGGAUUUCAAUGACAUGUACAAAUAUGAGAUUGAUCACCCAAACUGGAAUCCUAAUUAUAUGUUGCCUGAAGCUGUGGAAGAUCUGAAAACGAUUCGUGAAAUCCGCAGUGUGUUUGAUGCAGAGGUUCAGAAACUUGAAGCCGAUAGGUAUCAACUUGGAACAGAGAUUGCCACCACGGGUGACAAUUCUUGGCCCCUCCCUGUUAACAUCAAGAGGCUUGUUUUGAAUGCACAGAAGACCUUUAGAGUUGAUUUUCGGAGACCGUCUGAUAUGCAUCCAAUGGAGAUUGUAGAAGCUGUUGAUAAGUUACAAGAAAGGCUUAAGGUGGUUGUUGGUGAUGAUUAUCUGAGUUUGGAAGCACAGAAGAAUGCUACUCUUUUCUUCAAUAUAUUGCUUCGUAGUGCUUUAGCAAGUAAAAGGGUCCUGAAGGAGUACAGACUUACCCGUGAGGCUUUUGACUGGGUAGUUGGCGAGAUAGAAUCCCGUUUUCUUCAGUCACUUGUUGCUGCUGGUGAAAUGAUAGGAUGUGUUGCUGCACAAUCCAUUGGUGAACCUGCUACACAGAUGACCCUCAAUACAUUUCACUAUGCUGGUGUGAGUGCCAAGAAUGUUACUUUAGGUGUUCCAAGGUUGAGGGAGAUUAUUAAUGUUGCUAAGAAAAUUAAAACACCCUCUCUCUCGGUAUACUUGAAGCCUGGUGUAAGCAAAACUAAGGAGAAGGCCAAAAAUGUCCAGUGCGCUCUGGAGUAUACAACCUUGCGGAGUGUAACACAAGCAACAGAGGUAUGGUACGAUCCAGAUCCUAAGAGCACUAUUAUUGAGGAAGAUGUUGAAUUUGUGACGUCCUACUUUGAGAUGCCAGAUGAUGAUGUUGACCCCGACAAGAUCUCUCCGUGGUUGCUUCGCAUAGAGUUAAACAGAGAAAUGAUGGUGGAUAAGAAACUCAACAUGGCUGAUAUUUCCCAUAAGAUUAAUGCUGAAUUUGAUAGUGAUCUGACGUGCAUAUUUAAUGAUGAUAAUGCUGAAAAGCUUAUCCUUCGUAUUCGUAUUAUGAAUGAUGAAGCCCCUAAGGGUGAGUUGAAUGAUGAAUCUGCUGAGGAUGAUGUCUUCCUCAAAAAGAUUGAGGGUAACAUGCUUACAGAAAUGGCUCUUCGAGGCAUACCAGAUAUCAAUAAGGUGUUCAUAAAGAAUGGCAAGGUGAAUAAGUUUGAUGAAAAUGAAGGCUUCAAGGCUGAGAAUGAGUGGAUGCUUGACACCGAAGGUGUUAAUCUUUUAGCUGUAAUUUGCCAUGAAGAUGUAGAUGCAAGUAGGACAACAAGCAAUCAUUUGAUUGAAGUUAUUGAAGUUCUUGGCAUUGAGGCAGUUCGCAAAGCCUUGCUGGAUGAGUUGCGUGUUGUCAUAUCAUUUGAUGGGUCUUACGUGAACUAUAGACAUUUGGCUAUAUUGUGUGAUACCAUGACAUAUCGUGGUCACUUGAUGGCCAUCACCCGUCAUGGUAUCAAUCGCAACGAUACUGGCCCCAUGAUGAGAUGCUCCUUUGAAGAAACAGUGGACAUUCUUCUUGAUGCUGCUGUGUAUGCAGAAACAGAUUACCUCAGGGGUGUAACUGAGAAUAUCAUGUUAGGGCAGCUUGCACCUAUUGGCACAGGUGAUUGUGCUUUGUAUAUGAAUGAAGAGAUGCUAAAACAAGCUAUUGAGAUCCCUCUGCCCAGUUAUAUGGAAGGUGGACUGGAGUUUGGCAUGACUCCUGGCCGUUCACCCAUCUCAGGGACCCCUUAUCAUGAUGGCAUGAUGUCACCAAAUUAUAUGCUGAGCCCAAAUCUUCGGUUAUCUCCUGUUUCAGAUGCUCAGUUUUCUCCGUAUGUGGGCGGGAUGGCGUUUUCUCCUACAUCAUCUCCAGGGUACAGCCCUUCAUCUCCUGGAUACAGCCCGUCAUCUCCUGGAUACAGCCCCACCUCACCUGGGUACAGUCCUACUUCCCCUGGUUACAGCCCUACGUCCCCAACAUAUAGUCCUAGUUCUCCUGGAUAUAGUCCUACAAGCCCUGCGUAUUCUCCCACAAGCCCAUCUUAUUCACCAACGUCUCCUUCCUACAGCCCAACAUCUCCUAGCUAUAGCCCCACAUCUCCGAGCUACAGCCCUACAUCUCCGAGCUACAGCCCAACUUCUCCAGCAUACAGCCCAACCUCACCUGCGUAUAGCCCAACCUCUCCGGCUUACAGCCCCACGUCGCCGUCUUACAGCCCCACAUCACCCUCUUACAGCCCUACAUCCCCCUCUUACAGCCCCACCUCUCCAUCUUACAGCCCAACCUCUCCUUCAUACAGCCCAACCUCUCCAUCGUACAGCCCAACCUCACCAUCAUAUAGCCCAACCUCACCUGCCUACAGCCCAACUUCGCCUGGAUACAGUCCCACCUCACCAACUUACAGUCCAACCUCACCAAGUUACAAUCCUUCAGCAAGGUAUAGCCCUUCACAAGCAUAUUCACCAACAAGUCCAAAAAUCACACCUUCAAGUCCGUACAGUCCAUCUUCUCCAAGUUACAGCCCAACAUCACCAUCUUAUUCUCCUUCCAGUCCAAGUUAUAGUCCAAGCAGCCCGUACAGUUCAGGAGCAAAUGCAGGCUAUAGUCCAAGCUCGCCACAGUAUAGCCCCAGUGGUGGAUACUCCCCUAGUGCGCCAGGGUACUCCCCAUCGUCCGCCAGCCAAUUCUCCACGCAAAUGGAUGACAAAGAUGACAAGAGUGUGAAGGAUGACAAGGGCAAUCAGUAAAGUGCAGUAAGGUUUCUUGAUCCUACAAGUUAUUGUUUUAGGUUGUAGGAGAUAUUACCGGAGAACAUAUGAAUGCCAUGUUGCCGAGUUGUGGGCCAUUAUUACCACUUGGAUAUUUGACAUUUAUGAGUUGGGAUUUAUCUCUGUUUGUACAUCCCAGAGAUUUGUUCUUUUGGUGAAUCUCCUACUUUUAGUACAUAAAUGUCAAUGCCAACAACAGCAAUGAAUCUAUAAUUAGCUUCAUUUGUUGCAGGUAUUUGGCAUUUCACUAGCAUGUAUGCCCAAGUUUGCCGGUUCAAAUAUGUAUGUAUGACCCACAUAUGCUGUUGAUCGCUCUGAUAGUGAGAUUGAUUGUUAUAAAUUACUCCACUUAGUUCUGUACUUGGAUAAAAACAAAUGAUCCAAGUUUUGUCUUACUUGGAAGAGUUCACCUGGAUCUUCUGAGAUUUUCUUGAGGAUUCUUUUAAAUGCAUAAUAACCAGAAAUCUCAUCUUUUCCAUAACA